CUCUCCGCCUCGCCACUGUUGGGGCAUUUCACAUUUCGGAGCGCCUGAGUUCGGUGACGAAGAGAUACUUGGCCACAAUUAGAGCAUUGUUCACACUCGUGUGAGUGCUCAGAGAAACGUUUGAAACCCAACUUCCCAGGAAGCAGAAGACAAAUAUUAUCAAACAUGGCGAACAGGACCUCACAUCCAACCAGGAUGGACUUGUGCAUUAAAUUCUUGUGCAAUACCCCUGGUUGCCCUCAUCUCCACGAAGAUGUCCCUUUUCGUUGGCAAAUUCAGAUGGAUGGACAGUGGGCAAAUCUUGAGCCCAACCAGGAAAUAGAACGAGCCUUCAGCAAGCCACAAAUUCACAGCUACCGGCUCGCUAAGCCCAAAUGUGAUUCGCUCAUCGGGUAUCUGGACUUCAACACCAUGACGUGCUACGGUCCACAGACCAGGCCCGUCCGCCGCCUAUCUGUGCCGUCAGUGGACCGCUGGGUGUGGUAUUACAGGGAUAGAUAUGACGAAUGGAUCGAAUUUGGAGAAGAGAAUUCAUGGGGCAAAAGCAGCAACCUCAACAGCGCUACAAUUGAGGAAUCUUACAAGUCGGAUCCUACAUGUCGGAUCUUAUAUAAGAAGUGUCAGAUCGACUUCAAAGAAAUGUGUCAGUCGGAAGGAAAGAACACUCGACCGAUCCGGCGCCGACCCCAAUUUCAGACAAGGACAGACGUUCCACGGGUCAGAGUGCACAGGACAUUGGCGGAGUACAGCAGUGAACUGUUCAAAAUCAACUACGAGAAUGACUACACUACUUCCGUUUUGCCAGCGGGCCAAUUUGAAUACCAAAAUGUUGCUAAAAAGUUCAAUGAAACGAUGGCCAGCUUCCAGAUCACGAGCAUCGUGAGAGUCAACAAUCCUCUUCUCUGGGACAUGUAUCACAGGAAAAAACAGCAAAUGUUCAGAGACAACGGCAAAGAGAACGUGAAUGAACAGCGGCUGUUUCACGUCACGAGGACACACGUACAAAAUUCCAUCUGCCGCAAGAACUUUGACUUCCGAUACGCAGGUCCCAAACUCAGAAACGGAAGAGGCUCGUAUUUCUGUUCGAACGCUAAAUACGCACACGUUCACUUUCAAGAGCACCGCAACGAUGUGGGGGACGAGCCCUGCGCGUUCCUGGCGCGCAUUCUCGUGGGGGUAAGCUGCCCAAAGGAGACGGUGACCGCGACUUCUCUCCUUCCCCCAGCCAAGGGCGGCUCUCUGGAGCACCUGUACGACAGCGUGGUAAACAGCCUGGAAGAGCCCUUUAGCUUCAGCAUCUUUUACCCCAGUCAGAUCUACCCAGAAUACAUCAUCAAGUACACAUCGUGAUCGAUGCAGGGCUGCUUGCUCACGACACUGCUGGCUUCAGAGACCCCCCUCCCCCCGCCUCUACAGGGUGGUACGGAUGUCUUGUGACGCCCCGCCCCCCCGCCCAUUUAAUUAUCUAAAACUUAAUACAUUCUAAAAGUAAAAUCUAUUCAAAACAGAAAUGAAUAUGCGAUGGGAACAACAUUGUAGGGGUUAAUUUAACUGGGUUCACAAGACAUCUGGACCACCCUGAAUAAACACAACGCUUUCAUACUGGCCCAAUGUAACAUUUAGAGGUAUAAGUACCCACACUUUACCCAACUACACACUAACCUGCCUGUCAAAGAAGGCCUACUCAUGCAUCUUACUUGGUGGACAAAGAUGCGGGAGGAUGGGGGGAAUAUCAAUAUAUAUUCUUUUAAAUGUUGUACUGUACGAUUUAGACCCCCCCCCCCACCAACACGCUCAACUAACCCCUUCUUCAGGCCAGCACGAGCGCACGACUCCCUCCGACACGUUCAGGUCAAGGUUCACAUCCCCAUGGGUCACUGCAGCACACCGCGGCAGAGUUGCAUCGCAAAGGAGUCAAGUGCUGCCUUCCAAAAUGCCACCACUCAAAAUGAGAACACAUGGACAACGAGGAACGAACCCUUUGUUAAGUUACUUGCUAGAUGGCCUCCCCGUGCCACGUCAGUCAUGUUUUGAUAAUACGCCUUUUGUGUCAUACAUUUCCAACCGUGGCAAUUGGAGUUGCAGGGGAAGGACAACAAACUAAACACAAAAAGCAGUUCUGAAGAAAUUAAAAUGUUAAUCGUUGCUGGGAAUCAAACUCAGGUCGCCCGGUUAAUAGAGCAGUGCGUCAAAAACUGUGCUAUGGCUCAACCCCAAAACUUAGAAAUGCAGACGAUGAUGUUUACAUUUUCUAUGAGUGAGAGAGAUGAUUAGAGAACAUGGUAAUUGUUUUUUCUGAGAUUUAAAAUUUUUGUAAAUAAUGAGAUGUAUUUAGUCGUUAACAAUUGUAUUAUUAAACGGUAUACAUUUGAUCAAUGUGUACUUUCAAACGUUAAUCAAAAUGUUGACUGCAAAUUAUUUUAAAUGUACCAUAAUAGAAAACUUCAUACAUGUAUUUCUGGAAGAAAAAAAAUUACCUUUCUUUUAUAAAUGUGCCAUUCAUAUUACAUAUAUAAAGUAUGAAUCUUGUCCCA